GAGGCGGCGGGCGGCGGGCAUGGCGCUGSCCAGCGGGGCGCCGGGCCGCCUCGUGCUCUACCACUGGACCCAGUCCUUCUCCUCGCAGAAGGUGCGCUUGGCGAUAGCAGAAAAGGCCCUAAAAUGUGAAGAGCACGAUGUAAAUCUGCCGCUGAGUGAACACAACGAACCUUGGUUUAUGCGCCUAAAUUCGUCUGGAGAAGUCCCCGUCCUAAUCCACGGGGAGAACAUCAUUUGCGAGGCGACGCAGAUUAUUGACUACCUUGAAGCAACAUUCACAGAUGAGGGAGUACCAAGAUUAAUGCCAGAAGAAGGGAGCAUGUAUUACCCCAGGGUGCAACACUACAGAGAGCUUUUAGACUCCUUGCCUAUGGAUGCCUACACUCAUGGCUGCAUCCUACAUCCUGAAUUAACAGUGGAUUCCAUGAUUCCAGCCUAUGCUACAACCAGAAUUCGUAGCCAAAUAAGUAAUACAGAAUCAGAACUAAAGAAACUUGCAGAAGAAAACCCAGACCUUCAAGAUGCCUAUAUAGCAAAACAGAAGCGCCUUAAAUCUAAACUGCUGGAUCAUGAUAAUAUAAAGUACUUAAAGAAAAUACUAGAUGAACUGGAAAAAGUUCUGGAUCAAGUUGAGACUGAAUUGCAGAGGCGAAAUGAGGAAACACCAGAAGAUGGAAAUCAGCCUUGGCUCUGCGGUGACUUCUUCAGCUUGGCAGAUGUAUCUCUUGCUGUCACAUUACAUCGCUUGAAGUUUCUGGGAUUAGCAAGAAGAAACUGGGGAAAUGGAAAACGACCCAACUUGGAAGCCUAUUAUGAGCGUGUCCUGAAGAGAAAAGCGUUUUACAAAGUUUUAGGACAUGUCAACAAUAUAUUAAUCUCAGCAGUUCUGCCGACUGCAUUCCGCGUGGCCAAGAAGAGAGCGCCCAGAGUUCUUGGCACCACCUUUUUGGUUGGCAUGCUAGCAGGAAUGGGUUAUUUUGCUUUCAUGUGUCUUCGGAAGAGGUUUGCCAACAUGAUGGUAUCUAUUAGAACCAGACAAAAUUAUUUUUAGGCUUCUCUGUCCCUGAUGGUAGGUGGAGGUCAUCUCUAGCCCCAGGAAAAUAUCAAAAAUAAGCAUAUAAGAAAGGGUAUGUCCAUGAAUUAGAACACUGUCACACAGUGGCUGUCUGCUGCUUUUGAGUAAUUGGAUUGGCAAUGCUGGUACUUGUGGAAAAUAAAUGUUGAGGGUACAACAAAAGAAGAAGAUAGUUUCAGAUGAGGAGCUGUAAGGGCUGUGACAACACAUUGUUAAAGUGAUUAUUGUUUCUGUCUACUUUACCCAAUGCYUGACCUAAUUUUAAUGUUUUAUUUAAUAAGCACCUUUGUUGCAAUAUGACAGCUUUUCACUCUGGGUGAAAUGAUUACUGUGCACAAACCAGCAAUGUUGAACAACUGAAAAAAGCACUUAAGUUUAAAUGCUCAGAGAGGGAUGUAGCUGRACUAUAAGCUUUGUGCCUGUCAUCCCUAGGGAAGCAAGUGCCUCUCUACUGGUUAAUGUCUGUUAAUUUGCAGUUGGACCAUUGUGAAUGUGUUAAAAAGUAGCCCGAUAGAGUCACUUCUUCACACUAUGUUCAUGCAGUAGUACAGGAAGAGAUCUGAAAUUCAUGUAAAUAUCUGUGAUUUAUGGGCCACAAGAGUGAAAUUCUGGGGGGCAAAGGGGGGGAAAGUUGACAGAUUCUGAACUUCUGUUGAUUUACAAAUGGUAAUAAAAAGAAAAAUGACUCUUGUCUUUCGAAAAUCUCUUGGAUAGUCUCUGGCCCACUCAGAAAACCAGCUCAGCCAMAAGCACUGACUGAGUCAUAAACUCAAUGCCCUUUUCCUCCUUGCACUCCCAUCAGCUCCUUCUGCCUUUCGCACUUGUGGUAGCUUACUGUAGUUGCCUCUACGUAUAGUGUCCCAUGUGCCCAUCCUCGUUUCAGCUCCUGAGCACUGGCUCUUCUUUUUAGUG